UAAAAGCCCAGGUCCAUUUUGUAUCCAUGCCUGGGGUCGGUGACGUCCAUUGGUUUGCGAAUUGUGACUCGUUUUUGAUACUUCUAGGUCAUCAUCAACUUCGCAGUUCGCAGUACCCCAAGCCUUCAAUUCUGGUCUCUUUUACCACUUUUCCGCUAUAUUUUGGAGAUUCGCUUAUGUGCAGGAAUGGCCAAUAACCAUCAGUCGUCUGGUGCACAGGUGCAUCCUCUUCGACCACCUGCAGUAUCAUCCAUGGUCCCUCAAAGUUUUGGUCCACCAUAUCAGAUGCAGUUUCGACAUGUGGUUCCAGCUCAGCAAGGACAGCCUUUUAUUGCAGCGGCUUCAACUUCUCAGCAAUUUCAUCCCGUUGGACAAGGUAUAUCUUCACCAAAUGUCGGAAUGCCUUCUGGUCAAAGUCAGCUGCCGCAUUUUUCUCAACCAAUGCAGCAGUUACCUCCAAGGCCAGGCCAGCCUGGUCAUGCUACACUGUCCUCACAGUCAACUCCCUUGCCUUACAAUCAACCAAAUAUGUCUUUCGCAUCUGGCUUACCACAUUCUCAGCAUUCUGGCCACCCUCUAAAUAACCAAUUGCCUGGUCUGGGUAGUUCCGGAGCGCCUGUGUCUUCAUCAUACACCUUUCAACCUUUAUCGCAAAUGCAUGCACCCAUCGUCCCUGUCGGGGGGCAGCCCUGGUUUUCGACUGGAAGUCAUGGCGCAACUGUGCAGCAGACUGGGCCACAGCCUUCGGCUGCGGCUGCCACGGCAACAGCCGUAAAUGUUUCUGAUACUGCUCAACAUACUCCAUCUGAUUGGCAGGAGUAUGAAGCUGCUGAUGGGAGAAGAUAUUAUCACAACAAAAGAACAAGGCAAUCUAGCUGGGAAAAGCCUUUGGAAUUGAUGACACCUAUAGAGAGGGCUGAUGCAUCAACUGUUUGGAAAGAAUUCACAACUCAAGAGGGCAGAAAGUAUUACUACAACAAGGUUACGAAGCAAUCUAAAUGGACAAUACCUGACGAAUUAAAGUUGGCCCGUGAACAAGCCGAAAAGGAAGCUACCCAGGGGACACAUUCAGAAAUGGGUAUGACCUCUACUGCACCACUUGUGGCAACAGCCUCCUCAGUUGAACAAUCAUCUGUUGCUGUUAUUUUGGUUAACUCGCCCGCUUCUGCGACAAUAGCUGGGGUAGCUUCAAGCCCCAUUCCAGUUACACCUGUUGUGGCGGUUGCUGAUGCUUCCUCUAUACUGGCUUCUGGAUCAUCUGUCAUUCCUUCUGUACCUUCUGCUUCUGCUGCCACAAGUGCGGUUGAUGUUUCCUCUCCUGGGGAAACAAUUUCUCCCUCACCUGCUGCUGUUACAGGAAGUAUGGGAACUGCUGUUGCUUUGGCCAGUGCCUCCAUGACGGCUAUGUAG